GUAUAUAUACAUGGCCUAUACUUGGAUGGAGCUGGCUGGGAUCGUAGACAGGCUCGACUGAUGGAACCACCUCCCAAAUUACUAUACACUGCUCUUCCUGUGGUUCAUGUAUCUGCAUAUUCGACCAGCCAAGGCGACAAGAAUAGUAAACAGGGCAUAGUAUAUUCAUGUCCGGUUUAUAAAAAGCCUCGUCGCACUGAUCUCAAUUAUAUAUUUGCAUUGAAUCUGCGCUCUCCCAGAGACCCAGAUCAUUGGAUCUUGAGAGGUGUGGCUCUCCUCUGUGAUAUCAAAUAG